AUGAACUACUUAAGCUUUAUAAAAUGGGCUGACGGAUACGUGUGUCGUAAGCUCCUUUUAAGGCCUAAGGAUGUGGAUCGUGAGGAAGAGUUGGAGGCCGUGCAGUACCAUGAAAGAAAAGAGCAAAUAUACGAUCGGCUCUCAAUAAGUGAAUUUCCCGCUGAAGUACAAGGUCCAGUUAAGUGUCUGAUAAGAAGGCUUUGUAACUGCAAAUGCCUAUCGGCAGGCAGGAUGGUUCGCUACAAAUGUGAAUUGCCAGUACUCCUUACUUCGGCGCCGACUACCCUUCAUUUGGAAGUGGCCUCCAAUGUGCCAAGCUUUCGUGAUCAGUGGAAUCCAUUUUUUAGAAAUGCCGACGGUACUGCAGCGGACAUAUAUGAACGGUUUAUAGGUGUUGGAGAAAGAGGUGACGCAAUUCGGCUGAACGAGUAUGACUGUAUUGUUUUUUUCGUGGAAUUUCCAACCUCUAAAUACUUGCGUUGUAAACACCUUAAAGACCUGGGCAAUGCCAUCACACCAACACAAACAUUUAUUGUGACAGGUAGAUAUCCGGAACUCUAUGGUAUCAUUGCAGAAGUGACCUGGGAACAGAAAAUUUUUCAACUUCUACGUAGAUUUAACUUUCCUCCUUUUGUCAACUUUACCGACAAUUGGCGUAUUUGGUAUAACAGAAACGACAACAUGGGGAAGAUCAACUAUGUGGAAAUCAUCCGCUGGGCCUGUCUUGAUGUGAUAUGGAGAAGGGCCAGAGCUUUGGUCACCUAA